AUGGCGACGAACGGCACCAAAACGGACGGCCAAGUGGCAGAACUGAACGAAGUGGCCACUAAUGACAAGCCCAAGUCGCUGGAUGUCAAGCCCGAGAAGAAGAAAAAAGACAUCCCCGAUAGAGAGACGUGGGGGGGGAGAUUUGAUUUCCUCCUGUCGUGUGUAGGUUAUGCAAUUGGACUGGGCAACGUGUGGAGGUUCCCCUACCUCUGUGGAAAGAACGGUGGAGGGGCCUUCUUGAUUCCCUAUUUUUUGACUCUCAUAUUUGCUGGGGUCCCCUUGUUUCUACUGGAAUGCUCCCUUGGUCAAUACACCUCCAUUGGAGGGCUUGGUGUAUGGAAACUGGCGCCUAUGUUUAAAGGUGUUGGCCUUGCAGCAGCCGUCCUGUCCUUCUGGCUUAACAUUUACUACAUUGUAAUCAUUGCCUGGGCCAUUUACUACCUGUACAACUCCUUCACCACAGAUCUGCCAUGGAGCUCGUGUAAUAAUCCGUGGAACACGGAGAAAUGCUACACAAACUACAGCAUCCUAGAUACCACCAACCUCACCAGCGCGGUGGCGGAGUUUUGGCAACACAACAUGCAUCAAAUGACCGAUGGCUUGGAAAAACCAGGCCAGAUCCGAGCGCCACUGGCUAUAACACUGGCCAUCGCCUGGGUCCUUGUGUACUUCUGUAUCUGGAAAGGGGUCAGCUGGACAGGGAAGGUGGUCUACUUCUCAGCUACAUACCCCUAUUUUAUGCUGUUUAUCCUCUUCAUCCGUGGGGUGACUCUACCUGGAGCUAAAGAUGGGAUCCUGUUCUACAUCACGCCGGACUUUGAAAAACUCAAACAAUCGGAGGUAUGGCUGGAUGCAGCCACACAGAUAUUUUUCUCUUAUGGAUUGGGACUGGGGUCCCUUAUAGCGCUGGGUAGCUACAACACGUUCAAUAACAAUGUUUACAGAGACUCUGUCAUAGUGUGCUGCAUCAACUCGUGCACCAGCAUGUUUGCUGGCUUCGUCAUCUUCUCCAUUGUUGGCUUCAUGGCACACGUGACAAAGAAAUCCAUUGCCGACGUAGCAGCCUCAGGUCCAGGCUUGGCUUUCCUGGCCUACCCAGAGGCUGUAACCCAGCUGCCUGUGUCUCCGCUCUGGGCCAUUCUGUUUUUCUCUAUGUUGCUCAUGCUGGGGAUAGACAGCCAGUUCUGCACUGUCGAGGGUUUCAUCACUGCAUUGGUGGAUGAGUUUCCCAGGGUGCUUAGGGGCAGAAGAGAGCUCUUCAUUGCAGUUGUCUGCCUGGUGUCCUAUGUGAUUGGCCUGUCUAACAUCACACAGGGUGGUAUCUAUGUGUUCAAGCUGUUUGACUACUACUCUGCCAGUGGAAUGUGUCUGCUCUUCUUGGUCUUCUUUGAGUGCAUCUCCAUAUCCUGGUGCUACGGUGUGAACAAGUUCUACGACAACAUCCAAGAGAUGAUUGGCUACAAGCCUUGUAUAUGGUGGAAGCUGUGCUGGGUGGUGUUCACCCCUCUCAUUGUCGCUGGGGUGUUCCUGUUCAGCGCCGUACAAAUGGUCCCUCUCACCAUGGGAGACUAUGUGUUUCCAGGCUGGGGCCAGGGAGUGGGUUGGCUCAUGGCAAUGUCCUCCAUGAUUCUCAUACCGGGCUACAUGAUCUACAUGUAUCUCGGGCUCAAGGGCACCUACAAAGAGCGACUUCGGUUUAUGCUUCAGCCUCCCGCUGUAGUCAGACGGCCCCAAGAGAACGGACCCGAGCAGCAGGUGGAAACCAACACAGCUAACCUGGCCAGUCCUGCCAAUCCGGCCAGCCCGGCCAGCCCGGCCAACCCAGCUCCUGCAAAUCCUGCUAGCCCUACCAAUCCGGCUCCCGCCAACUCAACUAGUCCAACGACCCCAGCUAACCCGGCUCCGCCAGCUAACCCGGCCACUGCCACUAGCCCGGUGAACCCAGCAGCCAGUCCCACCACCACCACAACCACCAGUCCGGCUAACCCCACCACCACAACCAGCCCCAUCAGCCCACCGCCCAACCCAGCAAGCCCAACAGAGCCGGUCAAUCCACCGAACAUAAGUCCGACCACUAACCUGACCAAUGCUGAAGCCAACGUCUAG